CGCGACGGAAGCGCAGCGACAUCAACAAAGGCACGAGCAACUGCGCAAAGACAGAUUAGGAGAGGCCUGGGAGACUGCAGAGGACCGGACAGCGAGGGACGAUAUGUGCAUGAUCUGCUAGGGCUAGACACGCUCGCUUUCACUCCACCGUGGCCGCGCACGACCCUUUCCGCUCGCUCGUUUCGGACGAGACAUACCACGCACGCAUUGCACAAUCGCACAACACAGUGGCAGGCCACGGAUCGUCAGAGGAAACAGUCUACACGUAGAACGCGCUCGCUUGACGAGAGGCCGCUAUGACCACCCGGCCUAUGCGUACGAAUUCCUUCAAAAGAAACGGGAGUCAGACGAGCUCAGCGAGCAGUAGCAUCAGCAGUGGUAGCGCAAGUGGCAGCAUAGAGGGAGCGCAGCCGGAUCAACCUUUAUAUACUGCGCGUGAGACAGAGGAAGACGAUGAGGCAUGGACUUCCUUUGGCACGCCUGCCGCUAACAAGACAGUUCCAUCCGAUCUGGAUGGUACGAUCGGUCGCUCCAAUCUGCGGCUCAAUGUGCAAAAGGGCACACCUACGCCGGGCAGCCCGUCCAGGCUAAUCUCUCGACGAGGUAGCUUCAAUGCUGCUGAUGGAUCUGCUGCUGCUCGCAAUGGCGCUGUCGGUCAUUCGACAUCACGAGAUGGGUCUCCCCAGCUGGGCUCAGGAGCUUUUGCGCCUUCGACCGGUCCGAUGUCGAGCUCGCUGUCACCCACGAUAGGACUCGCUUCGCCGCCUAGGCCAUCGACCAGCAGCUUCGAAAGGCUACGUCCCGCAACCACGCCGGCGACCGUAUCAUUCCUGCAAAGUGCUGCAUCAGCAAGCGCAAGUGAUGCAAGUCCGUCUCUACAAUCGCCUGCGCAAUUUGCAACAGCUAUGUCAUCCGCGCAUACUCAUGACGGCAUACUUUCUAGCGCGACCAACGGAAGCAUUUUCCUUCCCAGCCGACCGACGACGCCCUCCGGUAGCUCUGUCUCCUCGGCAUCGCGACCCUCACCGAGACGGCAAGAUAAUCACGCACGAUACCCUUCACUGACCUCUGCCUGUCUGCCUGCAACUGCUAGCUACACACCAACAAGUAGCACGAUGGCACAGUAUGCGAACGCUCUGGGUCGCUACAUCCCCUUUGGCGAAACAUUGGAAGAAGACCGAGCACGGGAAAAAGAUCUCUUCUCGCCUAGUGUGCCCCGUGCAAGAGCGCCAAGUCCAAUGCAGGCUAAUCAUGCCAGCUUCACCUCGAUCAACGGAAGCUCUAAGGCGGAUGCAAAGUAUGCAGCAGACAUCGGGCUUGGCUUCGCUGGCACGGAAAAGUCUGGCAUCAGAAGUACCAGCAACAGCAGUACAAGCAGCGCGACGAGCAGCAUUUCCGGUCUCACUUCCGACAAGCGGUGGCUACGCAUGUUCAAAUGGAUGCGGCCAGCGUCAGCACUAUCCUCGUCAGGCAGCGCACCAGUAAUGCGCGCGUAUAGAGACAAGGAGGAUGUUCUGGCAGGCAGCGAUGACGAAGAAUAUAAGCUGAGCAAGUCUAGAGGGCCCGCGCCGCGUCCGACGCACUCUAGACGACUGUCUAAGCUCCCGCAGAGGACAGCUGUGCUCGUCCUCGGCCCUUUCUCGUCCUUUGUCCUGCCAGACACGACAGCGCUCGUGCAGGCCCGUGCAACGCAUUCGCGCGUUGUGCCUGUGAAGAAGAAGCGGGCUUUGGUGCUGCGCUUCUUGACGGCAGCUUAUAUCAUCUUUGCGCUCUUCCACUUUUCGUCUACGCUUUGGUCUGCACUGCUGCGAUCAAGUGGCGCAAGCCAGGCUCGCCUCGUCGCCAGGGAACAACAGCAAGUCUUUGCAGCCAACUCAGCCUAUUCGAGUGGGCAAGCAAAGUUGAACGAUUGGGCCGAGACAGUUGCCCAAGGCUUCACAGGCGGACGCGACAGACUGCUACAAGGAGUCGGGUAUCGACCAAACCCGGACAGCGUUGCCGCGUCGCUGGCGCCGUCGCUGGACAUUGAUAGCGAUGCUGCCGUUCUUGACGAAGAACCCGAGCAGCUUGAGCCUAUCGCCGCGCCAACAGUGGCCGAAGAAGUACUGCCGAUGCCCAAUCAGGUCGGGAGAGCCAACGUGACCGUCCUUCGAGACCCUCUCUCGCUUCUUUCGCAUCCGUAUCGAAUGAGUAAGAUGCAUUCGAAAGUAGGCCCUAGACACUACGAGCAUGUCGAACCUUACGCAUUUCGCGCAACUUCAGCAUCGUCGACUGCCGAAGUGACUGCUUGUCUUUACAUCAAUGAGAUCUGGCUGCCGCAGCUGGCCGAAUUUGCAAAGCGCUGGCAAGGUCCGAUCUCACUCGUGUAUGAGACGCCUUAUCAGAGUAGCAACGUUGAGCAACGAACCAAUACACUCAAGACGCUCUCCGAGCUCAGAAAUUCAGACAGUAUCAUAAAGCAAUUGGUCGACUUCCACGUCAUUUCGCAGCCGCAGCUAUCCGACUACUCGCUAAACAAGACGUAUGAAAGGCUCAUCGCCCAUCCAGUGGGCAGCAACUACCACAUGAAUGUCGCUCGUUUCUUUGCACGAACAGACAUGGUCUGGAUGGCCGGUGACGCUCGCCUGCUGCCCUCGAACGGACUGCGUCGACGUCUGGCAGCUUCGAGCGUGCGCAAAGUGGUUCUCGAUUCAAAUGAUGCCGUUAUUGUGCCCGUUUUUUCAGCCAUCCGACGCGAUGCUGCUGGCGAAGCUCUCAGUCUCUCGUCGAUUGACGAUCUCCGGGAGCAAAGAGCGCCUGUACUGAAUGAAGAGUGGGAGCUCAGCGGGGUCUCGCCGGCGGAGUUCGCACCCCUCGGCAAGCGCUUCUAUCAACAGCAUCUCUCGACGCUGGACUUUCCUCUAAGCCGCUGGCCAAAGCGCAAAGCAACGCUCGUGGGCCUAUCGUCCUUGCAUCCUCCCGUGUCGGUCGCUGCGCCUGGCGAGACUGUGCCCGAGCGGCCAGUCUUUGCGCUCUACGACCGAGAGUGGGCUGCCAACCGGGGUCCAUCCAAUUGGCAGCUCUGGCGCAAGGCUCGUACAGAUCCUCGACUUGCGGAUAGCGCAGAGUCUGGCGGCGGUCAAUCACUCGGCGUCAAUGGUACGAUCGGUGGUGGCAGUCACCUCUACAAAGUGACCGACUACGAUCUGCAUUACUCGCCGCAUCUCGUCAUCUCACGCGAAGCUCAGCCCUGGUGUACUGAGCGCUUCCAGACCAAUCAAGCAGCGUGCGUCUACCAAAUGUAUCUUUCUGGCGCAGAGCUCUACGUCUUGCCUGACGAAUGGGCGUUCACACUCGAGCCAGUUCAAGGCGAAUCGUCCAAUACUAUGGAUGAAGCUGAUCGCAUCAAGACAUCGAUCUCCUCGCGACUUUACACAAAAUUCCAUCAAGAAGCAUGCAUGCACUACGGCCGCGGCUUCCUCUCCCUCGACCAGUGGCAAUCAGAUCGCGCCACACACCUCCGUUUCAUGUGCGAGCGGGUCCACGCAUCAUGGGGCGUUGGACUUCUCGAGCCGCCCAAACCUGCCGCAGCGCGUUGACCGCUUCUCUGC